AUGCAGCAUCUGAAAACCACCCCAAAAAAAGGAGGGGUGCCUGGUGGCAUGCACAUGCCCGGGGGUUGGUGCUCCAAGAUCAAAAAGCAAAUAAACGCAUCUGCUGGUGGCUCGGAUGCAUCUGCCUCGGACUUUACGAUCGCCCCCUCAGCAGCUCAUCUGAAACCCUUAAAGGAUGGCCGCCUGCACACGGGCUUCCCGAACAAGGCCUGGAGACAUGCCCGCGGAGAACUUCCUCCUCCUAAGACUGGAAAUGCAAUCUGCAGCCAUCAACUUAGGCGAGCUCUCUCCUCCAGGGCCUCCCCUGCGGCUCUGCCUCGCCUCACACUGGCCUGGGCCUCCAUGUCUCCUGGUGCCAUCUGGUCGCCGAGACGAACACUCUGGUAA